GCUGGUCCUUUUAGACACCACACAAAACAUGAUGUAGGAAGACCCGUGUGACAGUUCGAAAAGGGCAAGCGGGAGUCCGACCUCCGAUUCUUGUGGCGGCGAUUGGAAAUCUGGAUUUGCCGGCGGGCAGACAAGCGCCGACGACGCCCACUGUCUGUUCGACGGAAUGCCUCCUGGUAGCGAGGGCGAGAACGCGCCGCUGAUGAGCGCCACCGACCGCAUCGGCGCACUCCCUGACCAUAUGCUCCACCACCUGCUCUCUUUCCUCCCAGCGCAGGCAGCCGUGCGGACGUGCGUGCUUGCCCGGCGCUGGCGCCACCUUUGGAAGUACACUACAGGCCUGCGCAUCGUAGGCCUUGGGGAUGAGGGGCCUGUCCAUGUCCAUGACCUCCAGAAAUUCGUGGACCAUCUGCUGAUCUUGCGUGAGCGCACCGACCUAAACACUGUUGAGAUCAAGUUGGACAAUUUCUUGGAAGAAGACCAGCCCUAUGUGAACCUAUGGACACGCUUUGCUAUGAAUUGCAAAGUCCGGGCGCUCACCCUUCAUAUCCGUGACAAUCAAUACCUCUACAUAGACAACCUGCCUCUUGUCUCUCGGCAUCUGAGAACACUGGACCUUCAUGGAGUAGCCCUACAAAAAAGCUUUCUUGAUUUUGCUAGCUGUCCAGAAUUGGAGGAUAUGAGGAUGGAUACUUGCCUCAUCAGUGUCAAUAAGAUAUCGUCUCGCUCCCUGAAGCAUUUGAGUAUCACCGGUUGCCGUUCUGACUUGGAUUGCCGGAUCCAUGUUUCUACUCCGGGCCUUGUCUCUCUGGAACUAGAUGCGUCUGAUGGUUUAACCCCUUUUCUUGAAAACAUGGCGCUGCUAGAGACCGCAUUUGUCUAUCUAGACGAUGAUUGCGAAGAUGUCUGUUUGAAUUACGUCUCUGGUGUUUUUUGUGGAGCUAACAAUGAUACGUGUAAGAAUUGUGUUCCUAUUGGUACCAAUUGCAGCAGCAAUUGUGUGCUUCUGGGUGGUAUCUCAAGUGCUAAACACCUCAAGUUGAUAUCUGAAACAGGAAAGUUUAUCUUCUCAAGAGAUUUGAAACACUGCCCUACAUUUACCAAGUUAAAGACUUUGUUACUCAAUGAUUACUGGUGCGAGGCUCCUGAUAUGGAUCCACUAUCUUGCAUUCUGAAAAACUCACCAGUUCUAGAGAAGCUCACUCUUGAACUUUUCCCAAAGGGACAAACUCCGAAAGUGCAAAUGAAAGGAAGCUACUGUUGCAUGCAGAGACCCUCUGCAAUAUCAGAGCACCUCAAGAUAGUUGAAGUCAAGUGUGAUGUGGUCAACAAGAGAAUCGCCAAAGUUUUAAAGUUCCUGUGUGCAUUUAGUGCAUUUGACAUACGAUUCAGUUUCGAGUAAGUGUGAGAAGAUCUUGGUUGUUGUCGGUCUGUCAUGUCUCGGCCAUUAGAAAAUACAAGGCUUAAGCAUUUGUAAGCAUCUUAUGUCAACUCUAGACCUUCUAGCUGAACUUGGUUUUAUGAUAUCCUGUUGCACUCUUAGCCUUUCCUUGUUGGCUUGGGCCCAUGACUGUUGUGUUAUGAUGUGAUCCGUGUACUUUGUCUCCGAGCUAAUAUAUGGAUGUUUGGAAAA